AUGUCGGCCCUCUCGCGCGCCCUGCCGGCCAUCAAGGAGAUCCGCCUGCACCUCUGCCAGAGCGGCCAGGCCUCGGCCGGCGCCCGCGAGUUCCUCAAGGCCGCAUACCCGUCGCUCAAGGAGGCCAACCCCAACCUGCCCUUCCUCAUCCGCGAGGCCCAGGGCACGCCGGCUCGCAUCUUUGCGCGCUUCGACCGGGGGGUGGAGAAGCAUGCGGAGCUCGACGGCCUGAGCAAGGCCGACGUCGAGAAGAAGGUCUCGGCGCUGCUGGGCUAG